AUGGCUCUCCCACCACCUCCCAUCAGCAUCACUCCAACCAUCCUGACCCCCGACGACCACAAUCGCGACCGCAACGACCGCAACGACAACGAGGACCCGAACCACUUCGCCUACCGUUAUAACAAUCGCCACUCGUCCCUCCUUGGCCCCGCCGGCGACGGCUUCGACGAUCACCCCCAAGCCCGCUACCUCAUCUACGAUUCGAACCGCCUCUCACCUGUUGCCCCGACUUUCCCAGGCAACCCGCUCCUGAGCCCCAAUAUGGCACCCGGCUUGGGAGGCAUCAAUGCCAUCAUUGACGAGAAUUGCGCUCCGCUGGACAUACCCAGUGCGAACGCGCCGAACCCCUUCAACUUCCAGACCCAGGUUAUAUCCACGUCACCCGUCAAGCCCAAUGUCGGCCAGCGGCGCGGUCACAAGUACAAGCACUCGAGCAUCAGUGCCCAGCACCAGAUCUUCCUAGAGCCGCCUCCACGGCCACCCCUCGCGCUACCACGCGACUUGCCGGUGCCCACGGUGAAGGAGGCAUGGAAAUCCAUGUCGAAAGAUCAGCGCCGCCGCCUCUACUGGUGCAUAUGCCACCUCUUGGUGGCCGUCGCGGUCUUUCUCUCCGCGCAUGGCUCUCUCGCCAUGACAGCCCUUUCACAUCUGGUCUUCUUCGACGUCGGGUCGGCUCUGAUCUGCGUAUCUGUCGAGGUCCUCGGCAACUUCGAGGUCUGGAAGCGAAGCAGCAUUCGGCAUCCGUUCGGGCUGGAACGGGCUGAGGUCCUUGCCGGAUUCGCCAUGAGCGUGUUCCUGAUCUUUGGCGGUUUCGAUCUCGUCAGCCACAACCUAAAGCAUGUCCUCGAGAGCCAGGGAAGUCAUGCUCCGCAUCACCCAGAUCCACAUGAGGGAGACGAGCCGAGAGUACCAUUUGGGACUCUAGACAUGGCGAGUGCGGCAGCUAUUGCCGCAACCUUGGUCAGCGCUUACGGACUGAGGAACCACGCUCGAAUCAGCAAAGUCAUGCGUGUGAGCUAUCUGGCCAGCCUGCCCAGCGUACUGUCCAACCCGUUCCACUUCCUAACUCUAUCGACCUCGUCUCUCAUGGUGCUCCUCCCACUGCUAUCAAUCUCCAUCCCUAUGUUGCUUGACAGCGCUAUCUGCGGGCUGGUAGCUGUGUCCAUGUUUGGGCUCGGGGUACGACUUGCUAUUGCGCAGGGAUUGAUGCUCCUCAUGAGUUACGGCGGCCGUUCUGGGCCCAUCCCUGGCAGGAAAAAGGACAUUGGAGUUGCUGACGUCCUGCGGGAAAUCGAGACGGAUCCUAGCGUCGAGAGGGUCGACGAGGCCCAGUUCUGGCAGGUGCAUUAUGGCCUCUGCAUGGCUAACCUCAAGCUGUGCGUGACCAAGAGCUGUGAUGACGCGACCCUGAGCCGGCUGCGUACUCGGAUCACAAACUUGAUUCAGAACCGACUAGGGGAGGGGUAUGGCAAAGGUGGCAGUCUAAAAUGGGAGGUCAGCGUGCAGAUGGGUACGACUGGGAGAGCAGCAUAG